ACUACUUCUUACAUGUACUUUACUGGUGCUGCAGUGUUUGCCUUAUGCUGCAGGAAAAUCCUUUGACUAUGGCAAACAAGGACUGCAGGAGGUUAACUGUGGAAAUUUCCAUUCACAAUUAAGAAAUGUGACUGGUCCUUUCAGUCUCUGGAGCAUGUGUGAGAUUCAGCGACAAAAUACUCAGUGUCCGAUGCCUUACAUUGGAAGAUGUUUUCCAUUAAUUGAAAAUAAUACUGAAUUUCGUUUUACCUGUAUUAUUUAUUCAACAAGUCUCUCCAUUCUUUUAAAAGAUGACCAGUGCAUUUUAAUAACAAAGACUAAAGGAUCAAAUGACUUUUUGGCUCAGUGCUAUGAAAAAGAUGACUGCUUGCCUGGUGUAACCAGUCCCAAACCUGCGACCACCAAUAUCCCACAUGUAACCUUGGCCAGUACUAACGAUCCUUCAACUCCUAAUGCCACCAAUCCCAUACCAGAUUCACUCAAAAAAAGUAUGGAGCCACGUAAUGGAUUCAACUGGACUACUUUCAUAAUUGUACUGGUCAUAGCGGUUGUGUGCUUUGCCAUCGUUGUUCUUGUAUAUUACACAAUUGUACCUUUCUGGAUUGGACAUCAUAUCUAUAAUCUUGUAAGAUCAUCAUGAGCGAGAUUUCCAUCAGUCUAAGCCUCCAAAUGAAAUUAAUAGCAGGAAACGGAAUGAUAUAAUGGAUGGGAUAUUUCAAUAUUCCUCUGGAAGACAAUGAUUAUUAUUGUGCUUUACAUGUAUUAUAUCCAUGCUUAGAUAUUUUAAUGUUUACUUAAUGUAUAAAAACUUCUUUUCUCCUUUGGUCCAAUCUGGCUCAUAUUUCUCUAACAGAGUACCUACGAUUAAAUGGUGUGCAUUGACCUUGAAUGAUAUUUUUAGGUCAAGUGUCAAGGUCAUAUUGGAUCACACAAAGUUCUUUUUUCAGAGCAUAUACAGUACCAAUCAGACCCAACCUAACACCAGAGUAAACCCCAACUAAACCCCGGGUUUUCUUUCAGGGUUUACUUUGGGUUUACUUUUUGAAAAUUUGGGUCCACUCGGGGUUUACUUUGGGUUUACUCGAGGUUUACUUUGGGUUUACUCGAGAAUUGCUUUUGGAGUCAACUAUACGCACUGAAGUGUAAAACAGACCUGUAUUUUAUCUUAUCAUCCUACUGCCUGUAAUUCCUGCCCCUUGUAUAUUCCGAAUACACAUGUAGCGUCUGCUUUCAGGGUAUUCUUCUGAUCGGGGUUUACUCUCUGUGUUCACUCUGGGUUUACCUGGGCUUUACUCUGGGUUUACUCUGGGUCAACUCUAGUAAACCCAGAGUCAACCCAGAAAGUAAACCCAGGGUUUAGUUGGGGUUAACUUUCUGUUAGGUUGGGUCUGAUCGGUACUGUAUAUACUCUCCAAUUGGCCCUAUUCGGCUCUUACUUUGCAGUUGAGAGGAGUUAAUGUAUCUUAAUUAAACUUUCAUUGUAGUAAUAUGUAUCAUUUUUUAAAUUCAUGUUUAAAUUUUAUUAUGACCUAUCACCCUUAUCUCUUAAUUUAUUUGACUUAAUAAAGCUUUUCAUGCUAUUCAUUAAAAUUAUCAUUUCAACUGACUGUCAUAUAUGGAAUUUUCUAGUACAUUAUAUAAUUUGUUCCUGAAUAUAUCUUAGUAAAUUCAUUGGGUCCAAAAUUUUCAGAGAUAAAUUACUAUCUUUACUGUUGUAACGUGUGGAAUGUUUUGUGUUGUUAAUAAUGUACAUUCCUCUGCUGCCUGAUGGCUCUGCAUGUUUAUCAUGUUUGAUCACAGGUAUGAUGUGAAUUAAAUAGAACCCCUUUUCAAGAGGUGACACUAAUAUCGGUCAAUUAAUUUGAUGAUAUUUCAUUUGCUAUUAUGACUAACUAUACUUUAAAUAUGUACACUCUAAAUUAUUAAUUUAAAGAAAUACCAGUAUUUUGUUGAUAAAAAAGAAAAUAAACUGUUUUAACUGUUGACUAAAAUACAAUUUUAGUGAAAUCUGUCUUCUUUAAUCAUUGAAGCAAUCUUUUUUUCAUUACCUGGAUCU